GGCAGGCGGGCAGGCACUCACUCACUCACUCACUCGGACUCCACACUCGAGGCUGUAAGUGACACCGACUUUGGAAGGCAGCAGCACUCCUCGUUCAUCAUGUCUGUUCGUCGAUCAUACCAAACAUCUGUGUACUCCUCGGGGCCAGCCCCCCGAGCACACAGCAUGUACGGCGGGAGUAUUGGCUCGGGCAACCGCAUCUCCUACUCAGUGGCCAACAGGGUCUCCUCUGGUCCUUCCUCCUAUGGCUCAGGGAACUUCAGCCUGUCCAGUGCCCUGGGAGGGGGCAGUGGAGGUGGCUUUGGUUUAGGAGGUGGCCUGGGAGGAGGUAUGGGUGGGGGGUUCAGCAGUGUGGAGUUGGGUGGGGUGGCCAACCUGAAUGAGAAAGCCACCAUGCAGAACCUGAAUGACCGUCUGGCCUCGUACCUGGAGAAGGUGCGCUCACUGGAGGCUGCUAACCACAAGCUGGAGGUGCAGAUCCGCGAGUUCUACGACAAGCAGUCACCCAUUGCUCAACGGGACUACAGUGCCUACUGGAAGACCAUCCAGGACCUGAAGGACAAGAUCAAUGAUGCCACCCUGGACAAUGCCAGGACUCUGCUGCAGAUUGACAAUGCCAAGCUGGCAGCUGAUGACUUCAGGACCAAGUUUGAACAUGAGCUCAUGAUGAGGCAGUCUGUGGAGAACGACAUUGCCAACCUGCGCCGACUGCUGGACCAGACCACCCUGACCAAAGCCGACCUGGAGAUGCAGAUUGAAAGCCUGCAGGAUGAAUUGGCCUACCUGAAGAAGAACCAUGAGGAGGAGUUGCAGGGGCUGCACAAUCAGCUGAGUGGAACGGUCAACGUAGAGGUGGACGCGGCCCCCCAGGAGGACCUGAACAAGUUACUGGAGGAGAUGAGAAUUCAGUACGAAGGGGUCACGGAAAAGAACCGUAGGGAUGCCGAAGCCUGGUAUGCCACCAAGUUUGAAACGCUAAACAAAGAAGUGGCCAGCAGCACAGAAGCCAUUCAGACCAGCAAGACAGAAAUCAACGAGCUGCGGCGCACCGUCCAGGGGCUGGAAAUCGAGCUGCAGUCCCUCCUCAGCACGAAAGCAGCCCUGGAGAACACGCUGGCAGAAACAGAGGCCCGCUACGGCAACAUGCUGAUGGGCUUCCAGAACACCAUCCACGCGCUAGAGGCAGAGCUGGCACAGGUGCGCCAGGACACAGAGCGCCAGUCCAGUGAGUACAAACUCCUGCUGGACAUCAAGACGCGGCUGGAGCAGGAGAUCGCCACCUACCGCAGCCUUCUGGAAACAGAAGAGUCCAGAACAACAAAUAUGGGCAAAGGUAAGUUUUCAAAUAUUUUCUCUUUUUGUUAAGUUUUUAAAUAUUUUAACUCCAUUCACAUCUCAGAGAGUUGGGACUGACACAGCCAUGGGUCUUAACUAACAGGCGGGUAGCCGAGUGGGCACUGCCUAUUAUUGGAGGGGUAAUAGGAUGGGAACUGGAAUGCCAGUGGGUGCCAUGAUCCAGUUGGUAGCACUGAGGGUCUCACAUUACUUUGAUAUUUUUUUUUUCCAGAUGGUGGUACAGUCACAACCGUGACCACAACUCGUAUGACCAGUGGCAAGUAAGCAUGGAGGCACACUGCCCCUUUGGCAUGGUGGGCACACAAGUGAUGACCUGGCCAACAGGCGAACAAGAAAGAAAGAAAUAAAGAGGGCAGAGAAGCCCACUGUGCUCAAAACUCAAUAAAGUCAAUAAAAGGGGACGCCAUUCAAGCAGCA